AUGACUCCUCCCACAGGCCCAGAAGCAGAUCUCGUUCCUCUUCUCGUAGUAAGUCUAGAAGCUACUCUCCAAGGUAAUCAAUUGAUCAAUCAACAAAAUCAAUUAAUACACACACUCUGGUCACGAUCUCGCUCUCGUUCUCGUUCACCUGUCAGACGAAGACGUUCAUACUCUCGGAGUUAUAGUCGGAGUCGCUCAAGGUCACGUGACCGCUACCGAAGAUCUAGCCGCUCACAUUCCCCUUAUAGACGAAGAAGCUACAGCCCCUACCGAAAACGUGGAAUGAGAUCUCGAAGUACAAGUCGCUCCCCAAUGUCAAACAGAAGACGUCAUAUUGGGCAACAGAGUAAGACUUUUAAUCCAGAACGUAAUAAUGUGAUUGGAAUUUUUGGGUUAAGUUUAUACACCAAUGAAGACCUGAGGGAGAUCUUCGAGAAAUAUGGAGCCAUCCAAGAAGUCCAAGUUGUGUAUGAUCACAAUACUCAUAGAUCACGAGGAUUUGCCUUUGUCUAUUUUGAAGACAUUGAAGAUGCAGUUGAGGCAAAGGAGAGCUGUAAUGGUAUCGAGAUAGAUGGCAGAAAGAUAAGAGUGGAUUACUCGAUAACUAAACGUGCUCACACACCAACACCUGGUGUUUAUAUGGUAAACCAACUAGGUAAGUAA